AUGACGGACCAAGCUACGAUUGCGACCUCGUCUGGUAGUGCAUACAGCGCGGAAAAGUGUAUUAGAAUCACUACCAGCGGCAAAAUCAAGUCUUGGGUGGCUGUGGCCCUCGCAUUCUUCGAGGAUGAGACGCAGGCCAAAGGCCUUGUGUUGCACACCUUUCCUGCAUCUGUAACCAACGGCGCUUUGCUGGAGCGGGUGACCGGAAAGGAUCCCAUACUUCGGAAACAAGCUGCUGCUACCAUCUCCGCCAUACCACGCCUCAUCUCGGUCGCCGAGAUUAUCAAACGCGAGUUUGGGAAGACCAUGGAAGCGAAACGCUCAAGCCGUAUGAAAGGAUUUCAUCAAUACAACGAGAUCGGCACGCUGGAAGCGUUGGGCCUCACCGUCACCCCAGCAGCGGAAGACGGGACGCCGUUGACCAGGGAGGACGCGAGAUCUCAUAGUAUAUUAGAAGCUUUGAGUGGGAGGAACUACGCAAGACAAACGCAGUCUCCGUAUAUGCGAAUCACGCUUUCGACCGUAGAGCGACCGGAUCUCGUGGAGAGAGGUGCAACAUAUCAGGCGCCAACAAUUCGCAAAUUGUCAAAGUCGGCGAAAGCCCGUGCCAAAAAGCAGGAGAAAAAACGUCAGCAGGUUGGGGCAAUAGCCGCGGCCCCUACCGCAGAAAAUCGACCUCCGACAGCAAUGGACGUGGACAACACACUGUGA